AUGUUAAAGUCACUUGUUACUCUUUGCCUCCUUCCGGUCUUCGGUCUGGCGCACUCUAAACCAGCCAAGACACUUGGACAACUGCCUCUGGGUACUUGGCUCGAGAACAUUGCUGUCCGCUCCAAUGGCGAUUUACUGGCCACAGAACUCUGGCCCGCAGCAAGUGUCUACACUGUCACCGACCCAUCCUGCUCUAAGGGAUUGAAAGAACUGGUCACGGUCCCGUCAAUUCAAGGCAUCUUGGGGAUCGCCGAGCUAUCUCCGGCCCCAGGCAAGCCCGAAACGUUUGUUUUCGUCGGCAGCAACGCAACGGGACUCAGUCAGUUGAUCCCAGGUACAUUCAAAGCCUUUGCCCUAGAGUUCCACAACAAGAGGAAUCAAGCCUCGGUGAAGGUCAGGAAGAUUAGCGACAUGACAGAGAAAAGCACUUUCCUCAAUGGCGUGGAAGCUAUUCCAGGCGUCCCCGCGGUCCUUGUCUCUGAUUCGGUAAAAGGUUUCGUCGGCCGCCUUGAUACAAACACAGGUGUCUUUGAUGACGCCGCUUUUAUGUUUCCAGAAAUGGCCCCAAUCGCUGCUAAUGCAUUUGGCAUCAACGGCAUCAAGAUUCGCAACAACUACCUCUACUUUUCCAACUCCAACGCUGUCAAGAUCUACCGAACCGCUAUCACAGCAGCUGGUUAUCCAGUCAAGGGCUCCAGGCCACAGCUCGUUACCGACUUCUCCAAGACUGUAGCAUUUGUCGACGACUUCGCGUUUGACGCACAAGGAAACAUCUAUGCUGCAAGCAACUCGGACAACUCUGUUGUCUUUAUAGAUACCAAGUCUGGAAAGUCACGAAUUGUGCUUGGUGGUGUUGAUGAGAUGACAGUUGCUGGCUCCACUGCUGUGGCAUUUGGUCGUACAAAGAAGGAUAAAGAUACUUAUUACGUGUCAACCGGCGGUGGACUGUUCAAGCCCGUGGGAGGAACAAAGACAGAAGGGGCUAAGGUCGUCGCUGCAAAGGCUUGA